AUAUGUGUUUUGCUAUGGUGUUGGUAUCCGGAUGCUCAAUAACUUUCUCCUGUGGGACUGGAAGGCAAUUUCACUUUUGUCCACAGAGCGGUACUAUUCAUUGACAAUGACGUGCGCGUUGCUCUAGGUCCCCUUCCAUACCCUUCCUUUCGCCCUGAUAUUUCUGGAUGCGAGAUUUACAAGUUUCUUCGAACUUGAGCAUAUGGUUUAUUUAGUUGUCUUUCUUCCAAACUCUAAGUAAUCUACAUUUAUCGUUUGACCGGAAUUAUAAUUCAGUGUAAAACAUGUAUAUUCGUAAUUGUUUCCUAUGUUGUACGAGGUUGGGAAUUCACUCUGCCUUAACUUUAGCUGGAGGUCAGGCAAAUUGACCUUAAAAGAAUGCAUAAGCCAUAAAUUAAAACCAACUACUCCUCGAAAGGCUAUCCCAUUUAGAGACGAUAUACCUGGACAAGGCUUCCCCUACAAGCAUACAAAGCGCUGCUCUCGGACUGUUUUAGGGACUAACGACUAUCUGCACGUGGACUUGUGGUUUUGCGAGAGAGAAAAACAUUUCCGAACUGGAUCCGGACAUAAAGAUAUCGACUCCCUGACGCAUAUGGUGCCAGUCACUUUCAUGAGUUCAGAAUCAACUAACCAGUGAUCGCUGGGUGCUGGGGGUUUAGUCUUUCUGUUUGUGUACUCCAGAGAGCCUGGUAGAGAAGGAGCACCAGCUGAGCACCAUGAUCACUCAGCUGAUCAGCCUGAGAGAGCAGCUCCUGGCCGCUCACGAUGAGCAGAAGAAGCUGGCCGCCUCACAGAUGGAGAAACAGAGACAGCAAAUGGAGCUGGCCCGCCAGCAACAGGAACAGUAUUAUGAAGAAGGGUGUUCCAUGAUUGCCAGACAACAGCAGCAGCUUCUGCAGCAGCAGCACAAAAUCAAUAUCCUCCAGCAGCAGAUUCAGGUCCAGGGUCACAUGCCUCCGCUCAUGAUCCCUAUUUUUCCACACGACCAGCGUACCCUGGCAGCAGCCGCCGCAGCCCAGCAGGGCUUUCUCUUCCCACCGGGAAUCUCUUACAAGCCAGGUGACAACUACCCGGUGCAGUUCAUUCCAUCCACAAUGGCAGCUGCGGCAGCGUCAGGACUCAGCCCCCUCCAGCUUCAGCAACUGUAUGCCGCCCAGCUUGCCAGCAUGCAGGUCUCUCCUGGAGCCAAGAUGCCGCCACUCCCCCAGCCUCCCAACAACAGCGGGCCCAUCUCUCCCUCCGGCCUGAAGAACGACAAGAGAUCCUCCAGCCCUAUCACUCAAGUCAAGGAGGAGGGAACGCAGCCUCUCAACCUGUCCGCCCGGCCCAAGACGGCAGAGCUGGUCAAGUCCCCCACAUCCCCCACACACAGCCUGUUCACAGGCAGCAAGACCAGCCCCAACAGCCUGUCCAAGAGCGGCAUCCCCAGUCCCCUCGGAGGCAUGGGCCGUGGGUCUUCUCUGGACAUCCUGUCCAGCCUGAACUCCACAGCGCUGUUCGGGGACCAGGAUGCGGUGAUGAAGGCCAUCCAGGAGGCCAGGAAGAUGAGAGAACAGAUCCAGAGAGAGCAGCUGCAGCACCACCAGCAGGGCAUGGAGGCCAAGCUCUCUGCCCUCACAGGCAUGGGCCUCAACAACUGCAGCAGGGCUGACAAGAGCUGGUUCACUGAGUACAUUGAGCGGGCACACUUUGAGAGCCUUGGUCACCAUCUUAGCAAACUGGGAGAGGAUGGCAAAAUUGGCCACAGAGUCAUCGACCUCACCAGGCCAGAGGAUCUGGAUGGGUGGAAAGCUCUGAAUGGCUCUGGUACCGGAGCAGAUAAACCACAACAGUAUUAUUGUUGGCCUACAGGAGGUGCCAGCACAGCCGAGGCACGGGUCUACAGAGAAGCCCGGGGGAGGAACAGCAACGAGCCCCACAUCAAGAGACCCAUGAACGCCUUCAUGGUGUGGGCCAAAGAUGAGCGCCGCAAGAUCCUCCAAGCCUUCCCAGACAUGCACAACUCCAACAUCAGCAAGAUCCUGGGCUCUCGCUGGAAGUCUAUGACCAACCAGGAGAAGCAGCCGUUCUAUGAGGAGCAGGCCCGUCUCAGUAAGAUCCACCUGGAGAAGUACCCCAACUACAAGUACAAGCCCCGGCCCAAGAGGACCUGCAUCAUCGACGGGAAGAAGCUCCGCAUCGGCGAGUACAAGCAGAUGAUGCGCUCGCGACGGCAAGAGAUGAGGCAGUUCUUCACUGUGGGGCAACAACCGCAGAUCCCCAUCAGCACCAGCGCCGGCGUGGUCUACCCUGGGGCCAUAACCAUGGCAACGACCACACCCUCCCCUCACAUGACGUCGGAGUGCUCCAGCGCCUCAGCAAGUCCGGAGCCGGCCAUUCCCGUCAUCCAGAGCACCUACAACAUGAAGAUAGAGCCCAGUGCCAUGUUAACCAAUGUCCCCAUCAUCAACAGAGAGGUAGAUGAGAUGGACAUGUACGAGGACUUUGACGAGGAGCCCAAAUCGGACUACAGCAGUGAGACUGAGACACUGGAGCCCAUCGUCAGCGCCAACUGAGGCCUCUCAACACCUGAGCCGGGACAUACACACAUUCGUACUGGAGAACCAUCCCCAGGGCGGAAGACAGACUGAAGGAGGAGAAACAGAAGAACAAAAAAAUACAGAACAAAAAUAAAUGGUUCUGUUGAUGCAUCAUUUAGGAGCCUGCAUGCAUAUGUGGCUCCGUCAGAAUCAACAGCUAAAGGUCUUAAAUGUUUCUUACAGUGUGUGAAGCAGUUUGGUUUAGUUCAUUUUGUUUUUUAUUAUCUCAUCGUUUAUUUUUUGUGUUUUCUUCAUGGACAUAUAGACAAUUAGGUUAUUGCCCAUACAACUUUGGAUGACAGGACUUGAAAUGUAACGUUUGAUAUGAACCCAUAAUUCUUACAGUCUUACUUUUUUUCUUAUGAUAUAUAUAUAUAUAUUAUUUUUUUUCUCUUCAGUUAAAUGCUUUUAAUAGAUUUCAUUACUGUUUUUGAUGGGAGUUAUAUAUUCUCACUCAGGUAUGCUGUGCCAGCCAACAGCGUGUGAAUGUUUUAAAUACGAAUUUAUUUGAAACUAUUUAGAAAACAAAAUGUUUGGAAAUUCCUAUUAACUAAAAACAAACAAACAGAACAAUUCCACAAUUCUGGGACAUAAUCAGACUCCCAUAUUAUUAAUUGUAUUAGUAUUAUCAUUAUUAUAAUUAUUUUUGGUAUUAUUAACAUACUGUACAAUUUUGUGCAGAUGUGCCAAACGUUUCAAGGUUUUUAUCUCUUAAAUAAUUUGUUUGAGUCUCGAGGGAGAGACUCGAGUCUCAGACAAUCUCUUAAUAUCUUAGUGUGGCUUCAAAAUCCAGUUUCUUUAUAUACCUUCUAUAUUGAAACACUCAGGAAUCUGGAGACAGUGUGCUGUGUCUAGGGCAGGAACAGGAAGUGAUUCAAUAGCUUCAGGUGUGGUUGUUCAUAAUGGCAGCUGUUCUCCAUGGAGACCAAUGCGGUGACCAACAGGACCUUCUCUCCCUGUCCCUCUCCAGCUCAUGUCACCAGCCCAGUCUAACACAGAGCACUAUAACACUCCCCUCACACUCUCUGCUCAUUCUUCAACUCAGUCUUACCAAGUUCUUAAUCAGAGUGAUUGUAAUCAGGCCAGAAUUCCAAGGGGCCAAAGGCAUCCAAUCUGUGGGAUUGGAAAGGCAGCGAAAGGCAGCUUUGGGGGCAUUAUAAUCACAAAUUGCUGUUUUACAAUGUGUAGCUACAGUACAUUUGGUUGAACACUUUAGCCCCUACUGGGGCGGCAAGUUUUAAAGUCUUUGGUCUUAACAUUUUUUUUUUUUUUUAAAUCUUAAGUAUUUUUUCGACAUUGUAAAUCUUAAAUUGACACGGGAAGGUCUUAAAGCAGAGUUAACUACUGCAGCAGUCUUAAGAGAAGAGGCCGUGUGUGAGGGAAUAACAUCAUGCUUUUAUUAAAGGAGGGUUACAGACAAGGUAUUACAUUCUAACGAGUCAUAUUAAACAAAACAGUAUUUCAUAAGCCGCACCAGAGCUGUGAUGGUGAUUCUCUACAUUCAUGCACUUAGAUAUUAACACUUACUACUUCAUUUUUCAACUGAGUUAAUAUGUUAUAUUGAACAAAAUGUUUGUUGUUUUAUAAUGGCCAGUUGCCUAUUUUACAUAAAGUUAAAUGUAAGUAUUUUAGAGCAAUUGAAAUUGCACUUCUGUAUUUUAUUUACAUAAAGACAAUGAGUAUGAAAUAUAACACAAUCAAUCAGCUCUUAAUCUUGUGACAAUCAGUCACAAACUGAAAGUCCUUUACCUCUUGAAUGGUACUUUUACCAGUUGAACAGAUCCCAGGUUGUUACCUAUGGAGAAACAGCUAGAGAUGGCCAGCAGUCAAGGCCUUACUGUCCAUAAUGUAGCCCUCCUACAGGCCAGAAGGACUAAGUGCCUCCCUCUCUGCCCUGCCCUGUCUCGACCCCUUCCCAUGGCAACCCCCACACCCAGGGGGUGCCAUCUGGCUCAGAGUGGCAGGCAGCGCUAUGCUGGGGAGAGGAGAGAGGGGGAACAAUAAGGACGGGGCACGUAGCGCUUAUUGUGCUCUCCAUCAAAGCACAGACAGUGAGGCCUCCACCCUGGCUCCCGCCCUGGCCCAGCCACUAGGCGCUGGCGAGCAGAUGGAACAAGUACAUCAAGCUGUGGGGGAUUACUAAAAUGACUGACGAGUGGGUAUCAUCUCAAAUGCAGCAUUAUUAAUGCAUGAGCCCGGCUAUUCUCCUCCGUGCCCUUGAACCUGUCCAUUUCAGACCAAGCCCAGAGGUUUAAAAUGAUCUAAAUGGCUGGUCACCAGCGCUGGCUGUCUACAUGGCCAGGACUCCCUCCUACUGCUGGUCACUGCAUUACUCUCCCAGGUCUAAUUGAUACAGAUGGCUCUUUAGUACUUUUAAUUUUUCUCGACCCAUUCAGAGCUGGCUUUUAUUGUGUUGUAUCCACGUUUGAAAGCAUUUAUCUUAAGUCUUAGAAGUUUUUAAGCACCUCAUUAUUCAUUUCCAUUUCGGUUUCUUUUUCUUUUUUUGGUUGGUUGGUUUCUUUGUUGCUAUUGUUGUUUUAAGGUACAAUGCUUUUUUCUAGGAUUUCCUCCCAAACACAAACCUAAACGGAUUUCCCUCCAGGUCCACAUGUCUAGGUUUUUAAGCUGUUACUUCUGUUUUCUGGUUGAUUGGUUAAUUUGUACGUGAUUUGUACAUAUUUCUAUGUCCAUGCCUAACCAAUUCAGUGGGCUGGUAGUUACAAAAGGACUGUUGAUAGGACUGAAACUUGACUGCGCUUGUAUAACAAACAAAAAAAACAAAAAAACGAUGAACUUAUAUCUCGCAAGGAGACAAUGUUUCAUAAGUGUUAUAAGCACUGGAUAUAAAUUGUAUUUUUAUCAAUUCUGACUAAUGUGAAGCUGUUGUACCAGAAAAAAACCUGAAUGAACAAAAGUCCCGAUGAGUUGGACUCGUGGGCUCAUUCUCACAGUUACCAGAUUUGAAUCAUUUUUCAGUCGUCUUGUUUUGUUUAUUUAUGCAAAGACAUGUGUAGUGAAUGAACACUUUGUCUAAGCUCCAGGGCCACCAAGGGGAGAGAGACAGCGCGCGAGAGAGACUGAGCAGUAAACUCAACAGAAGGCUUGCAUAGUAACUGGUUAGCUGAGAAACACCGGAUUUCAGACACGCAUUUUAUUGGUCACAUAUGUUUUGUUUUGUAUAUUGUAUUUGAAGCUAUAUAGUGAGAAUAUACAUUUUAUUGUAUUUAUUAGCCACUGUUGGCUCUAAAAUUGUCAGUAGAACAUAAUGAAAGGACAAUCAGAGAGAAAAAAAAUAUGUUUAAUGAAUUGGAGCUUCAUUUUUCAAUAAAUUCACCAUUUCAUUAUAGAUUUUAUUGUAAAUACAACAUAGGAAAUAGAAUUAUAUUUUUGUUCAUAAGUACUUAGUGAAGUAUAAGUUAUGUAUUUGGCUGUUCUUUUUUUCUUCCUUUUUUACAUCAGUGUAUGUUGAUCCAUGUUCUUAAAACUGACAGGUCAUUGUACGUCAUCUAGAUUCUGAUUAUUUCUCCCAGUUGAAGAGAGCAGUAUUGGAUGGUUGAGAGAGCAGUACUGGAUGGUUGAGAGAGCAGUAUUGGAUGGUUGAGAGAGCAGUACUGGAUGGUUGAGAGAGCAGUACUGGACGGUUGAAGAGAGCAGUACUGGACGGUUGA